UUUGCAUUUUCACGAGAUGUUUGUGUACAUUUUCCAAGUUCAAUAAAUUUUGCUGCCUGUGUUAUUUAGGGGAUCAGUUACACAAUUUUACAAUUUUUCAGUUAGCCAUAAUCAUGCAAUUUUAGCUGCUUUAGUUUCAAUGGAGCUGUAAAAUGGAAAAUUAUUCGAGAGAUGCCGUCAGUUUUGAUGAUUUGGUCCUAUCAUCAGUUCAUGUUGAAUCAGAACAUCAAAGAAGGAUUUUGGAUCAAAACUUCCUUGUUACAAAAUUCAAAUUUGAUGUGGUUGAUCAAUCCUUGUCAAACAGAGAGCAAUAUGUCGGCCUGUGCUAUGAUGAAGAGGGGGAUAUCAUUGUUCAUAGGGGAAACAACCAUGUCAUUAAAGAAGAAGAAAUUAUGAUAUAUCACUGUAUGGCAACACCCUUAGCAGAUGUUGGAAAGCAGCUUUGGCUUGGUGCACUUUUGUUGGGUGAUUGGAUUCUGCAUAACCCAAGUUUGUUCAAAGAAGCCCAUUGCUUGGAGCUUGGUGCUGGAACGGGUUUAUGUAGUAUGUUGGCAGGGAUAUACUGCAAACAUAUUUUUUGUACAGAUACUGGAGACUCUGUUCUUGAGUUAUGCCAAAAGAAUGUGGAUGAAAACGAGAAUUUAUUGAAAUACGGGAAAACAGGAAUAAAAGUAAAGGAACUCAACUGGAUGUAUGACAACUUCAGUCAUUCAAAAGAUAACGACAAAUGCAGAAAAUUUGACUGGACAAGUGAUGAGAUCAGCGAAUUGAAGAAAACUGAGAUCUUUUUGGCAGCUGAUGUUAUUUAUGACAAUACAUUGACUGAGGGGCUUUUUUGCAAGCUGAUAAAACUCAUGGAGAAAAGUGAAGCCAAUGAGACCAAAUUAUUCAUUUCCAUCGAGAAAAGAAUUAAUUUCACAAUCGAUGAACUGGAUGUAUCGUGCCCUGCAUACAAUUACUUCAGGAAGAUGCUUGGUGUUCUUGAGUCUGGCCGAUUUCCAAGUUCUUCACGGAUCCAUCGUGUACAAAGAGUUGAUUUGAGGUUUCCACAAUAUUUUGAUUACAAAAGAAUCAAACAACUGGAGCUUUGGCAGGUGACGUCAGAAAAAAAAUAGAAAGUCCCUUAGAAAUUCAUGCGAAGAUUUGUUUCGAAACCAGAGUAUGUUACUUAACUUUUGUGCUAAUUCUUAUUGUAACCUUAUUGUUAACUUCUCGUAAAUACCAAAAACGAAUGUCAAGCGUGUGGGUAUUUAAUCUGCCUGCCUUUUGCGCUAUGCAAGGUAUGUUCUUCCCAAGCCUUUUAAUUUUUUAUGAUAUUUUUAUCAUUUUUCAUUGACACGAUUGAAAGGCAUAGAAUCUUCUCUGAACACUUUUAUUUUCUUUGCUCUAAUUGUACUUAAAUGGAAAACCGUAAAAUCUUCGUCUUGGCAUCAUUGAUGAUGCUUGCAAAAAAAGUUAAAUCUUUAAAGUGCCUAACGAACUGUAAAUUUGAAAGUAAUAGCACUACAUCGAUUAUGAUGCGGCCCAGACAUUUAAUCCAAACGGGUAACCAACAUCGGAUCAAAAGACCACGCCUUAUUUUAAUAUAACCACGCCCGCCAGGGCAUGAAAACUCACCCGACCAUGUGACCAGGCGGUCACAGUAAAUUUUUAUGAAUAAAGCUCUGCAGGAAAUUGUUAAAAAUAAGUUCUUUUCCAACAAGGAGCUUUGUUUCUUUCAUGUUCAUAAAAACAUGAAGAUAAAACAAAUAUAUCUUAUGCAUGUGCCUUUUACAGGUUUAAAUGGUUUUUCUACCUAAGAACCCUUGAGAAAAAUUCUUGUUCGAUAAAAGUUUACAGUCUUUCAUCGGUCUUGAGGAUCUUUGUUAUAAUUUGCAAAAUUCUUGAAAAUUUGAAAAUUAUUGCGAUACUGGUGCAUGCAAGGCCCCUACCGUAUAUUGCCUAUCACAAUUAUUGUUACUGCUUAAAGCAAAUUUUCUCUUAUACUUUAUGAAAUGAUUUUUCCUCAGGAUUCUGACCUAUAUCUUAAUCAAAUAGUUUGUUAUAAACUUCCAUGGAUACAAGGACAUCAUAUUAUCAAUCUUUUUAAGCUCAUUUGUUAAUUUUGUUUAUACUAAUGCUUGCCUCCAUCUCCCAAAGAUAGCAUCUACACCCAAUUUGAUCUCCAUUCGUACUUUUCCACCUGCAUUCUAGCAAACUUUGAUGUUCUGAGUGUAAAUAUUCUCACCAGUUAGAAGGUAAAUAUUAUAACCAAGCUCCUAUUCCAGAUUAAUUUAGGCGUUCAUCGUGAAAAAAAGUGAUUUUGUUAAAGUAAACUUGCAAACUUGUUUAUAAAUGUAGCUUAUGCUUUCAUUAAACUGAUGACACAUCAUUAUGGUUUUUGGAACGUGACCCUUUCUUUUUUUAUCUUUACAUUCUCGCAGGAAAUUUAUGCGUCAUUUUUGUCCGGUCGCUCACAGUGGUUCUCCUAACCCAUUCCUCGAAUUAUUCAGACGGAUAGACUGACGAAGUCAAUUUUUGAAAACCCUUAUUUCAACUCCCAACUCUACUGCACAACAGCUAAACACUAAGAUUCUUUUAUGGCAACUCACAAUCGGUUUUGUUUCUAAAACCAUUAAUAAAGAUUUUCAUAUUUCUUCGUUUCACCGUUAAUUUUCUAUUUGAACGGCCUUUAUUUGAUUUCUAGCAGUGUUUUAAAAUGCUAAUUAAACGCCCGAGAUUCGUUAUCAAGCGGUUGUCUGUUCUGUGCUACCCUUCUCGUUAUAUGUUAUAAAACUUCACGUUCUUCUGUAUCCAGAAUUCCAAAUCGUUGUUUUAGUGAUGUGAGAGAACUGGAACCAAGUUAUUAAGUCCUGUGUCAAUAGAGGAUGGGGUGAAACGCGAGAGAAAAUGAGAGUAGUGAAGACUGAGAACCAAACUGUAAGAAGUAGUCGUUGAUAAAAGAUUCCUAAGAGUUUAAUAGUUAAUAAGUAGAAGAAUGAAGCGUUUAAUAGUUAAGUAGAAGUGGAUUGAUGAAAAAGAAAACUGUAAAUAUCGUAUACCCUUUUGGUAUUCUCUUAAAAUGUUUAUAUCGCUUGAUUCAGGUUGCUUUGUCACAUUAGCCGUAACUAAUAAUAAUAACCGCUUGUUUAUUCAUUUAUGCAAGUUAUUAAUUUAGGAAAGUCAAUUUGGCUGCAAACUAUGUUGUUUUUUGUUUUGGUAUUCUCAUCUAAAACAACAGUUUGUUGAUCAGAGAAGAAUCAAAUAAACACAUGGCUUUGUUAAUGUGUGAAAAUGACGGAUAAUGCUUCAAAGUGGUUUGAAAACGACAGUGUUUCCUAGAUUUAUGUGUCUAAUGUUACAUUCUGUUGUAAUGCGUCGUUUAAUGUGUCAUCAGAAAGUCUAAUAUGCUUUUAUUCUAUUU